ACACUAAAACUCGCGGCCCCUUUUGUUUCUCGGUAAGCGGUUUCGUUUCCAGUACCGCGGUACCGCUGAGCCUCCUUGCGGUAUCGUUUUUCUGUUUCGCGGUAUCGUUUUAACUCUCCACGACGCCGCUCGACUCCAAACGACACCGUUUUUAACCCGUGGUAUCGAAUUAAAUGCCGAGACUAAUUAAUGCGGUAUUUAAUUCAGGCCAAAUUAAUUUUAGGUGUCAACAGUUGCUCGAGCAAGAUCGGGUUCUCGGCCGUCCUCCUCUUGGGACUCUACAUCAUCUCAUAUUCCCCCCGGUAUGGACACUGCACCAUGGAUCAUCAACUCAGAGAUCUACCCGCUUCGGGACAGAGGCGUCGGAGGUGGGAUUGCCGCUGCAGCCAAUUGGACCAAACCCAGAAGACACAAACGGAGGAGAAAGGGGGAAGGGUUGGCGUGGAUGAGUACGGCGACGACUGAUGGCAGUAACUAGGACCGACAAAGACGAUGAUGACGACUGGCGGCAGCGACAAGGAUUGAUGCCAGGGACGACAAGUAUGACGAUGACUAGCAAUUUCAGGAGAAUAGACCUUAACGCCGGGUUUCGCCUCCAAAUUUCAUCUUCUUCUGGCACAAGGGCGUUUAGUGCGGCAUCGGUGGUGGUGGGCAAUAAGGCUUUAAGGCGAGCAUCUCUUGGAGCGGCGGCAAUGGUGGGUGCACAGGAAGGAAGACACGCAGCAGAAUAAUAGGAAUUAGAGAUUUUUUUUUGGGUAUGCGGAGAAGAUAGUAAAGUAGUUGUGAGGUGGAAUUGUUAAGUAAUUAAUUUUUUCUUUUCAUUUUUCAAAGGCCACGUCACUUAUUUAACGGUCAACUAAUAGAGUAAACUGUCACGCUGGCAAGUGGCAACUUCCACAAAUGGUUUUUUAUGAAUAGAUUAUCGGUCAAGUGACUAACCAAUAAAUUGUCUUAUCUAUU